GACGGCGUGUCGCUGCUCUUGCACUUGGUCAGCUUUCUCUCAGCAAUAUCGGUGUGGCUCAGAGACACAAACAGCCUCAAUCGGCAACAUCAUGGAAUAAACAACAUGGCUAAUAAGAAGAGCGUUUUUAUCGAAGCUGUAAAAAGGUUCGUUUGUUCCACCAAACCUGAAGAACUCGAGUUAUAUCUGUGACACAAACCCUUCAAUGCACCAUUAUUUCCCAGCUCUUGAUAGAUCAGAAGCCAGCAGAGAUGGAGGGUUCAAGCACAGCUGGAGUUUUUCCCUCUCCGCUGACCGUGAAGAGGAGAGGAGGAACGAACCUUCCCUGGUGACCAUGGAUCAAGUGGGUGGGCGACAGGAUCUUUCCCCUGAUGGGGUGAAGGAUGCGCCCCCUUUGAGGCACUUUGACCCCAUGGAACCCAUAAAGACGUACGAACGGCGAAACCAUUUCAAGUCUGGGAACCGUACUGGAAUGGGAAAGUCCAGUGAAGCCCAGCACGCGUUGGCCAUUUCCCCGCUACCCAACAGAACCAACUAUUUAAUCAUGAGUUCAGUGCCACCUCAAGGUGUGGUAGUUCAGGGAAGGCUGUUUCAGCACGCGCAUCUGCCCUCUUCUGUUAGAAAGCCAGUCCAAAGCAACCUUGACUUGAAAGAAAGAUCUGACUUCACCACCCAGAGAGCCGAGCUCGACAAAAUCAUUCUCACCUGCCCGGAGCUCUCAGACUCUGAAACUCCGAACAUAAAGAGAUGCGUCCAGUCGAAGAGGCGGCCGAUGUUCGAAAGCAUCGGCAAGGCAGAGUCAUUGCAGCCGGACGAGUACUUCACCGUAUGCGGAAAGUGCAGCCAGCGAAGUGAAGACCACACGAAAUGUGAAAGCUGCGGGAACCCGCUGCCCACUGAAGUGCCCCUUCUGCCUGCUGUCCCCUCCUCACCUGCCCCUCGAGUGCCUGAACGCUCCCUUCCCUCUCCUGGCUCUCCUAGCAUCACUCAGCUCAGCAAGAGCUUCUACGGCGUGACCUCAGGGUCGCGCGCUGCUCACGCCGAAAUGGCCAUGAACCCACCAGCACGCAUUAACCGAGGAGGUCUGCUGCUCCCUCACAACGGCGCUAAGCUAAUCAUGGGGAAGAGGCAGCCUCUCGCCAAGCAGCAUGAACUCAACGACCCAAGUGAGUGCUGUUUACUCAACAGCACUGUGUCCAUUCGAGCGGAGCCAUUAAUUGUCGUACUGUCCAGCGACGAAGACGACGAGGCUGACAGUUCUAGCACGGGCAGCGUGAACCGGUUGGACAGCGUCUCUCCGAGGCCCGCUGACUCCGCCCACUCCUCGCCGGCACCUUCUGGUGGCAGAGUGGAAGCUGCCGUUAAAGAAGUCACAGACCACGAAGAGCACGCAUGCGAAUUUUUUACUGACAUGGACCACAGGAAUAUGGUGCCCAGAAAGAACCGCUUAAAAGAUCCGCAGUUUCGAAACGCCUUGUGCGAAGACCCUGUGUUGAAGAAGCGGAAAUUGGGUCAGACGGAGAAGUUGGAGAGCAUUAUUCUGGAGUGCAGGAGCGUACGGAUAGGAACUCUUCGCAGGAUGGUCACCAAACCCGUCAUCUUCACAGUAGAAUACAUACAGCUCGAGACCGAAGGUCAGGAGAUCGACGUGAUGGAGAAAGUGCGCCUCAGGUCGUCGGAGCUGACGAGCUGCGAGUGGUGCUGCGUCAGGAAGCUGCCUGUCCUCUUUUUCCAGACCAGCGACAGCGAGUGUCAGCGCCUGCGCACACAGCUCAAGAUGUCCCAAGAGAGCGGCGGCCUGUGGUACGACUGCAGCAGUGAAAACCUGGAUGAGAAAUACAUAGUGUUGAUUUUUGAGAACGGUCUGUCGAUGCAAGAGCAGGUGAUUUUAGAAGACAUCCUGGUCGAGAUCGGCCGAAACAACCAGCUCGCACAAUUCCCUGCUAGAUUGUCCUUCGACGAAGCCAACGUUAGACUGGUUCAAUAUAACAAAGCAUCAAAAGAGAAGGAAAAGUCUUGUCCCCAGGCAAAAGCUCAGAAAGCCAAACCGGGUCCGUCCCCUCCGACACCCGCCACGACCGCGACAACAGCAAAUGCCUCCGUCACCACAGCGACAGCAAACGCAGCCACGGCGAGCACGGUAACAGCGACCCCAGCUGCAUCGACAGAGACGACGGUCCAGACCCGAUUUUCUGCUCCCCUCCACGGGAUCUACGAUGAAGACGACGACGAGGAUAUGGCAGAGCUGCAGCCCACGUUCACAGGCCCCAUCAUCAAGUUAAUCGUGUAUCCCCCUCCUCCAGCUAAAGGCGGAAUCUCUGUGACGAAUGAAGACCUUCACUGUUUAAACGACGGAGAGUUUCUGAACGACGUCAUCAUAGACUUUUAUUUAAAAUAUCUCUUUAUGGAGAAGUUGAAAAAGGACGACGCAUGCAGAAGUCACGUUUUUAGCUCCUUCUUCUACAAGAGACUCAACCAGAGAGAAAGGAGAAGUGCACCGGACACAACAAACCUACCGAUACAGAAGAGGAAGCACAAUCGGGUAAAAACAUGGACACGACACGUGGACCUUUUUCAGAAGGACUUCAUCUUCGUUCCCAUCAACGAGUCAGCUCACUGGUAUCUCGCAGUGAUCUGCUUCCCAGGUCUAGAGAGACCCUGUGUGGAGCCCAAUCCUCAUUAUCAGCCCCAGACCCAUUCUCAAGCCCAGGCUUCGUCCCCAUCGGAGUUAGGGAGCUCCGUGUUAAACGACGGAGGCAUGGAGGAGCCUUCGCCUCACACGGAGCCGCUCUCCUUCAAUCCGGAGGACGUUAAUACUGAAGCUGAAAGACAGGACACGAGCCACUCGAGCGGAUCUUCCUGCCUACACCGAGCCCCAGAGCACAGCUGCACCACUCAUAGCCAAAGGGUCAACGGACAGGUUCAGUCUCAUUUCACAGAUGGUUUGCAACGAAUCAGUGUGUGUUAUAGCAGUGAAGAUCCUGGCACCUUCUCUGAUGACCAAAGCUCCUCUCAUGACGAGUGCAGCGAAGACGGAGCCCUUGGUGACGACACUGUGACGUCAGAGAGCCUGGAGUGGGCAUCUAAACCUACCAUCUGCAAACAACCGUGUAUCCUCAUCAUGGACUCAUUGCGAGGCCCUGCCAGAUCUACAGUGGUGAAGACAUUGCGAGAGUAUCUGGAGGUAGAGUGGGAAGUGAAGAAAAGCACUCAUAGGAGCUUUGGGAAGGACUUGAUGAAGGGCUCAAGCCCGCGGGUGCCACAACAGGACAAUUUCAGCGACUGUGGCGUCUAUGUGCUGCAAUACGUCGAGAGCUUCUUUGAGAACCCUGUGCCAAGCUUCCAUCUCCCUAUGAAUUUACUGGACUGGUUCCCACAGCAACGGAUGAAGACAAAACGUGAGGAAAUCAAGGAACUCAUUCUAAAGAUCCAGUCCCAACAACAGCUGGACAGGGGGAACUCUGGGCAGGAUCUGGACGUCGGAGAGGUCUGCGAGGACCUGGACAUUGGAGACGCCUUAGAGUCAGCCGACCUCAUCCCACCAAUCAGUUAAUAAAAAACCAGCCCCAUGCUGCUAUAGCUCUUGUUAUGAAACGGUCCUGUCGGUGCCGCCCCAAACCCCCAUGACACUGACAGCUAAUCGGGGGACUCGUCAUGAUCGUACGCUGCUGGACGACUCCUCCGUAACAACAACUGUUUCCUUUUUUUGUUGUUUGUUUUGUUUUGUUUUUUAUUUCUCUUUCCUUAACAAAAGAGCAAGAAGACUUCAUUUGUAUUAAAGAAAACAUGUAUAUAUGCUGAACAGUUUUGUUUGUUUGUUUGUUUGUUUUUUGCUGACUUGUGAAUUUGACCUCUCACGAUUUUGUCUCACUGUUUAGAGAGUUUAAAGCAUUCAUUUGUUGACGUCAUGAAGGGCACAAACAGUCCUGACCUCUCCACAAAGCCCAAACAGUAACUGUUUAACGUCCUGUUCUGUCUGUACUUCAUUUGCGCUUUUCACCACAGAAGGUACAACAGUUUGUUGUUUGUAGGCUAAUUAUCCAAAUACAUCUGGAUUUUUUUUUUUUUUUUUUUUUUAAAGCAACAACAAAAAAAAUUUAGCUUCUCUCAUGGCAUUAAAUCGUUGCUAGUCAGUGCCUGUCAGAGCUUUAUACAAUGUUACCACAUGUAAGUGGACCUCAUUUUCAAUAUUAAAACUAUUUGAGAUGCAA